GCUAUACAAGUGCUCAGCAUUCGCAACGAAGAGGUUGGCGACAUCGAGUCCUCCGCGGCCCAUGUCUUCUCUCCUCUCCUUGACUCAGGGACUAUCAUAAUCCAAGGUGUUGUGCCAGAGGUAUCCUGGGAAGGAAACAGAUAUAAGACGAUCCCAUGCCAAAUUCAAAUCUUUGCUAAAAUAUCUGCAUUCAAAAAAGUCAAAUCCAUAAUUUUAAGUGCUGGGUUGGACUUAACUUCUGAUAAUGACUCAUCUUUGGCAUUAUCAGAGUCAGCCAUUGUGAAAGAACACGUGAUUGCAAGCACAGACGAGAUCUUGAAGCUGCUAAAUGAGAUGGCGUGCAAGAAGGAAGCUUUGGGGACAUUGGACCCUCCAAAUGCUAUUAUAAAGUCUGAACUUCUUCCACAUCAGAAGGAAGGAUUGUGGUGGCUAGUCCAGAAGGAGAAAGGCCAUGAUUUGCCUCCAUUCUGGAAGGAAAGAGACGGUCUUUAUGUCAAUGUAUUGACAAGAUACUGUACAGUUCACUGUCCUGAUCGUAUCCGUGGUGGGAUCUUCGCAGACGACAUGGGUCUGGGUAAAACUCUCACUAUUCUUUCAUUGAUUGCUUUAGAUAAAUUUAUCGAUAUGGAGGAAAUGGAAGAUGUACAAAUUUCUUCUAUUGGUGAAGGCUCUGAGAGUGGACGAGAUAGUGGCGAGACUAUGAAAGGAAUGAGUUCUAACAUGGUCUCUUCUUCGCAUAUGAAAACGACAUUGGUUGUGUGUCCGCCGGCUGUGUUUUCAGUGUGGAUAACACACUUAGAAGGACACACUAAAGUUGGUUCUUUGAAGGUUUACAUGUAUUAUGGCAGCAAGAGGACUAAAGAUGCCAACGUCCUUCAACAGUAUGAUUUGGUUUUGACAACUUAUAACACUUUGGCUAAACAAAACGAGUUGUUGGACUCACCAGUGAAAUUGAUAGAGUGGUGGAGAGUUGUUCUUGACGAGGCACACGUGAUUAAGAAUGCAGAUUCUAAGCAGAGCCAGGUCGUUAACAACUUAAAAGCCAAAUGCAGGUGGGUUGUGACUGGGACUCCAGUUCAGAAUAGCCCAUUUGAUUUGUAUUCUUUUAUGGCUUUUCUUAGGGUUGAGCCUUUCUCUGUCAAAAACUACUGGAAUAGUUUCAUACAACUCCCCCUUUCUCAUGGAGAUCAGAUGGGAUUUUUGCGACUUCAGGCUUUAAUGGAAACUAUGUCAUUGAGAAGAACAAAAGAUAAAACUCCGGUUGGAUUGCCAACAAAAACUAUACGGACAUAUCAUGUAAAACUCUCUAAAGAAGAAAGGGAAAUUUAUGAUCAGAUGGAAUGUAAAGCAAACCAAAUUAUUAAGAACUAUAUCUCUGAGGAAAGUUCAAUGAAGAAUUAUUGGACUGUAUUGAGCGCACUUGUGCGCCUUCGACAAAUAUGUGCAGAUGUUUCCCUGGUUCCCGCGCAGCUUCGAGAUUUACUCCCAGCAUCUCAAAUUGGAGAUGUACAGAGCAACCCGGAACUGUUGUCUAAGCUGCUGAUGGCACUACAGGAUGACGAUGGUCUUGACUGUCCAAUUUGCAUAUCACCCCCUAAAGAAACAGUCAUUACAUGUUGUGCUCACAUCUUUUGCAAGAUGUGCAUCCUCAAGACACUCCAGCAAAGCAAUCCGGGCUGCCCGAUGUGUCGCCACCCACUCGCUGAGUCCGACCUCUUUUUCGCACCAUCACAAGCUUCUGUACCAGGCCAUGAAGGAAACAGCCCAUCCUCAAAAGUCAGUGCCCUUCUCGAUCUUCUCCUAGCAGAACGGGAGCGGGACCCGACAGCAAAAUCAGUUGUUUUCUCACAGUUCCGCAGUAUGUUGCAUAUACUUGGGGAGCCGCUGAAAGCAAUGGGUUUCAAGAUACUGCGGUUAGACGGGUCGGUGAACGCAAAAAAACGGGUCCAAGUGAUAAGGGAGUUCAGUGUCCAGGCGCCCGAAGGGGCCACGGUCCUACUCGCAAGCCUCAAGUCUUCAGGAGCAGGAGUAAACCUCACAAUGGCAUCAAGUGUUUACUUGUUCGACCCGUGGUGGAACCCGGCAGUGGAAGAGCAGGCCAUGGACCGUGUGCAUAGGAUUGGGCAAACGAAGGAAGUGAAGAUUGUGAGGAUGAUUGCACUUGACACCAUUGAGGAGAGGAUAUUGUGCCUCCAAGAAAAGAAGAAACUUUUGGCUAGCGAAGUUUUCUGGAAGUAGCAAAGCUCCAGAGAUCAAAGGGAUUUAAGCACAGAUGACCUCAUUACCUUGAUGCAGUUGUGAUUCAAACUUUUGAACCCAAAGAAUUGAAGCAUGACAUUGGACCAGUCACAUGGUAAAUCCUCUUCUUAGCUUCUUCCUCACUGCCAACAACUUUGGCUAGGAUUUGAUUGUGGGUUUUCAAUGCCUAUAUUGUGUGUAAAAAUGUCCGAGUUUUUCGAUAAUAUGAAAUUCAGC